UCAUAAAUCCUUCCUUUAUCAUGCUUGCAGCAUUGUGUUAUGUGCGGCCUGACACAGCCGUUGUCUCUGUGUGUCCUCAGUGAGUUUGUCUCAUGGCUUUUGGAGAGUGGAGAGAUCAGUAAGGCUGAGGAGGGAAUCAACCUGGGUCAAGCUCUCCUGGAGAACGGCAUCAUCCAUCACGUGUCAGAUAAACAUCAGUUCAAGAAUGAGCAAGUGUUGUACCGCUUCCGGUAUGAUGACGGCACUUAUAAAGCCAGGAGUGAAAUGGAGGACAUCAUCUCAAAGGGUUUGAGACUUUACUGUCGUCUCCACAGUCUCUUCACACCUGUUAUCAAAGACCGAGAUCAUCAUCUGAAAACCUUCAAAUCGGUCAUACCAGCAAGCAAACUGGUGGAUUGGCUUGUGUCACAGGGUGACAGCACAGCCCGUGAAGAUGCAGUGACCCUGGGUGUCGGACUCUGCAAUGCUGGUUUCAUGCACCACGUUCUGGAGAAAAGCGAAUUUAAGGACGAGUCACAGUUCUUCCGAUUCUACGCCGAUGAGGAGACCGAGGGUACGAGCUCCAAGAGUAAACAGCUCCGCAGUGACUUCAGACUCAUCGAGAACAUCCUUGCCAAAUCCUUAGUGAUCCACCCUGAAGAGGAGGACUAUGGGUUUGAGAUUGAAGAGAAGAACAAGGCCAUCGUAGUGAAGAGUGUGACCAAGGGCUCAUAUGCAGAGAUGGCAGGCCUGCAGCCGGGUAGAAAGAUCUACUCCAUUAAUGAGGACCUGGUGUUCCUAAGAGCUUUUUCUGAGGUGGAGACCAUGAUCAACCAGUCCUUCUGUAUACGCCGCUCGCUCAGACUGCUGGUGGCCACCAAGAACAAAGAGAUUGUGAAGAUCCCAGAUGUUCAUGGCACUCUUCCUUUUGUUCUCUGUGGUUCUUGUCCACCUUACGUUCAUGCAGUUAAGAAAGGCUCUGAGGCGGCGUCAGCGGGUCUUCAGCCCGGUCAGUGUGUCCUUAAAGUCAAUGGCAACAACAUGAACCAGAGCAGUUACCAGGAAGUCCUGGAGCACUUUAGUGGCCAUCAGCCUGUCCUGGAGCAGCAAGAUACUAGCUGUGGUCAGUGGGCGUACCGUGUGUAUGAGGAUGUGGAAGAGCAGAUGUCUUUUAGGGGGUGUGAGAAUGGCUCAGAUUCAGAGGAUGGCUGCACUAAUGGAACAGGCUCUGUAAGAAGGCUGGAACAGUUGUCCAUCUCUGACGAUGUUCCUUCAGUCAGUCUGAAUGUGGAUAAUGUUCAUGUGGAACAUGGGGUUGUGUACGAGUACGUCAGCACGGCAGGAAUCAAACACUGUGUGCUGGAGAAGAUGGUGGAACCCAAGGGCUGCUUCAACCUUGCUGCAAAGAUACUGCAGGCCUUUGUGAAGGACGACAGUCUGUUUGUGAAGAGCUGCCGACAGCUAAUGGCCCAGAAUGAGAAGGUGGUGACCAUGCCACAGUUUGAGUUUCGGAGCAUCUGUGACACCAAGCUGGAGAGCAUAGAAAAACGCAUUUGCAGCUACAAACAGUUUGUGGAGGAAUUGCAGACGAAGGCCUGGCCCACGUUUAAGCAGGCGAGCACUAAACCUCAUGUUCUGGGCUGCAUGGACUUCGUCCCCACCAACUGUCAUCUGAACCUGAUGCAGGUGUCCUGUCCGAAGAACACCUCCUCAUCAAUCCGAGGCUUCAGCAUCCGCUUCGGACGCAAGAACUCCUUCUUUGGCCUUGAUCCUGAUCAAGCUAAUUUGAAUCCCAUGUCCCACGCCGUGCAUUGUGUGACCAGCAUGGCGGCCCCCUCCUGGAGUUGCCAGAGUUUAGAUGAAGAGACAGAGGAGGGUGAAGGGAGCAUAGAGGACGGCAGGAAGUAUGAAGAGGGAGGUCUCAGCUUCCUUCUCAAACAGGAAGACAUGGAAAGCCAGGAUAAAUACAUCUGCCUCUAUAACCGCCUGGACAUUUCAGUGCGAGAGAUGAAGCAAUAUGUGGCCCAGAUAGAUGUACUUCUGUCAUCGAUAACUGGACCGACCCAGCCGCAGGGCUCAGAGCCGCCCUCGUUUGAGAGCGCCCCCCCAACCUCUCCCAUACCAGAAGAGACGGACCAAGACAAGACAGAGCAUGGCGGGAACAAGAAAGUGUGCUUCAAAGUCAACGAAGAUGAUCAGGAGGAUUCUGGACAUGACACCAUGAGCUACAGAGACUCCUACAGUGAAUGUAACAGUAACCGUGACUCAGUGCUGUCAUACACCAGCGUCCGGAGCAACAGUUCUUACCUGGGCAGUGAUGAGAUGGGCUCAGGAGAUGAGUUGCCAUGUGAUAUGCAGAUUCCUUUAGACAAGCAGGAUAAACUUCACGGAUGUCUGGAACACCUUUUCAAUCAGGUUGACUCGAUCAACAGUCUCCUGAAGGGCCCUAUCAUGAGCAGAGCCUGCGAGGAAACCAAACAUUUCCACAACGACCACAGUCAGCCAGAGUUUCGGCACACGGAUGAGUGGACUGCACAUUGGCGGUAUGUCUUGCACAAGAAUAUCCAGGAGGACCCUUGGAAUCUGCCUAUUUCAAUUAAAUCUUUAGUUAACAGCCUUCAUCGCUUCGUAGAAGAUGGAAGGAGUCAACUCUUGUUGGCGUUGCUUAAAUGCACUGACACAGAACUCCAGCUGCGGCGGGAUGUCAUAUUCUGCCAGUCUCUGGUGGGGGCGCUGUGUGCAUUGGCCGAGCAGCUUGUGAAUGCUCUGAACCUGCGGUUCAACAAUAACGGAGAGUAUGAGGAGGACAGUAAAGAGGUCAGCCGGAAAUGGCUGGAGCAAAUUUCCACCAUCGGAGUGCUCUUUAACUUACAGUCAACACUUUCUCCACAUGUGAGAGAAGAGCGAAUCAUGCUGGAAGAUACAAAAGCAGCACUGCAAGAUCUGGAUAAAGUCACCGUGCUGUUCCGCCCGCUGGAGAACGAGUGCCUUGUCCCAAACACAUCUGUGCAUUACCAGGUGGAAGGCAGUCGGCAGGCCAUCAGGGUGACAAUGUUCUUGGACAGCUGUCAUUUCAGUGAGCUGCCAACAAGACUGCAGAACGGAGGCUCUUUGAAGCUUCAAUCUGUCCUCUUCACUAGAGGGCUGGAGAAGCCAGAAGGUGUGUUGUCUCAGGAUUUUGUUGCCAUGGAAGAGUUUCAGCAGCGUACAAAUGCUCUGUCACUGGAGAAGGUCAAAGGUUAUUACCGCAAACUCAGGGCUUUUUAUCUGGAGAAAUCAAAUUCAGACUCAAAUUCCACUGCAGUGAAAAUAGACCAGCUCCUCCGGCCGCUUAACACCUUGGAUGACCUCUGUCGGCUCAUGCAGACGUAUAUGAAUGUAAAACCCGGCUCUGCGGGUCAGCCCUCUGGAGUCAGUGUUCUUUUGGUGUCCUCCGAACUCUGCAGCCGGCUGGGAGCCUGUCACAUCACCAUGUGUGCCACUGGGAUGCAGAGAUGUACUCUGACUGUGUCACUGGAGCAGGCUGUUACUCUAUCCAGAAACCAUGGCCUCAUGCCCCGCUGCCUAAUGCAGACCAUGGACAUCAUGCGCAAACAGGGCACCAGAGUGGAGAUCUCUGCCAAAAAUCUCAGAGUAAUGGACCAGAUGCCACCGUGUGCUCCCAGGCUCUUCAGGUUGUGUUUACCCCCCUCCGAUGGAGAUCUUUGAAUGAGGUGAUGUCUGUCUCUCAGACCUUCUAGAUGCUGGGAGAUAUCAAGACUGGCUAAUCAUUUUGAGACCAUGCCUCAGCACAUAUCAACUCCCGGCCAGCCUCAUCCAGAGAGGUCUGGCUGAGGUCAACACAACGAGGACUGAGAACCAUCCGACCACUUUUAUCUCCUGCUCUGGCAGCUGAGAAAAUCGCUAAUGCUAACGACGCUAAUCUUGGCUAGCAGUGUCUGCCCACAUUGCUACAUUGUUUGGCCUCCUAAUGGAUCUGGACUGGCAUGUGAAUGGCUAAAUCUAACUGUAUUAUCUCUUCUUUCACCUCUGACUGCAAUCUUGCGUCAGUGAAUAGGUUGGUUUGGUAUGGAUGGCGACGUUAUGUUCAGAUACGUGGUGAUUAUGUGCAAUUACUGUAGCUUAGCAUGCAUGUGUCUGCACUGUGUCAUGGGAGGUGGAGCCCUCAGAGCGCUGUUGCGAUUCUCUCACUCAUAUCAGGUAUUUCAAAAGUACUGAAAUCAUUCCAGCCUACAUGGACCAGUUUCAAUACCGUAAUUCUCAUCUGUCAUUGUGUUUAAAAUUCGCUUGAUUUUGUUUAACAACACAAUUUUAUUGUGAAGUUCUAGCACCGGCGCAUUUGUAAUAAUAGCAGGGAAACAUUUGGUGGCUAUAAGCUUCUCAAACAAUACAAAAAUACAAGAUUUCACUCCAAUCAAAAUGUUGAUAUUGAAGGUUGAAAUUAUGAUUGAUCAACUGGGUGAAAAAAAGGGGGUAUAGCACUUCUUAAACAUGAAUCAGUGCUGUGUACAGUGUGUGACUGUCCCGGCUGUUUGGAAAAGCCCAAUAAAAAAUGCUUGUGUUCUUUAGUGUUUAUUAAAAGUACUGUACAUUUUAGAAGAGAAAGAAAAGCAAAGGGAUCAUGUGAAGAAUCAAUAGAUAUAGUAGGAUAUUAUUGAAGUUUUGUUAUUUGGGUAAAUAUAUGUGUAUGUAUCAGAGGGAUAAGCAAAAGCUCUUUGGGAACAUCAGUGCUAUAAUUUAAAAAGUAUUAAUAAUGUUAAAACAUAUAAUAUUGUACAUCUUUCAUUUUGUAUACUUAGUGUAUAUUCGAAUAGGAAACGGUAUUGUGCUUUUACACAGUGUGUUCGAUGUUUAAUUUUCUAACUUCAGCUGUGUGGUCAGUAACCGAGAAGGCCUGGAAAUUGAACCGUGUUCCUGGAUUAGUUAAGCUAGUGUGUACAGUAUGUGACCGCUUUUGUAACAUGCAAAGUCUGCGUUUCUCUUAACAUAUAUAUAAUUAUACAGUAUAUGUUCAUUUCAGUAGUCCUGACAGUUGACAGUAUUUGCUCAAAUGUGACACAAUUUAAAGAACUCCAACAAAGAUUUGAGUAAAUAAGGUCACUUAAAGACAAUAAUGCAACAAAGCAUCAUGUCUUAAUUAAAUCUUGAUGAGACGUUCAUUGUGUUUGUAUUGUAGCUCAUAACACGUCACUGUCUGUUACAUAUCAGCAUGGAAGUUAGAAACUGCAACUUAAAACCAUGAAAUAUUUUAAACAAUACUUGAAUUUAUGCUAAUAAAUAGUGUUUUUUCCCUCCUUGUAUCUACACAAAUUGAAGCCCAGUGCUGGUAAAAUUCUGAUUUAUUUUCAAUUGGAUUUUAACAUUUUAUUUGGUCCUCAAAGCAAAUGGUUUUUAAACUGGAAACAAGUGUUUUUAAUCCACAGAAUCUGUGCGGUGUCAUGAUAUAUUUUGAAGGUCUUUGUUGUUGCUUGUUAUUAUGCUUUAUAAUGUCCACAUGAAACCUAUCAUUUCUGUAUGAUAGACCUAAAUCUAGUAAAACCCAAAGACAUAGCAUUAGCGUUAGCAUGUUUCUGUCACUGUAUAUUAAAAUCUCAGGUUUCUGCACCAUUUCGGUCCAUUAUUGUGCGAUUAGCUUCCCCUUUCAAAAGUUGUGACUGAAUAAUUUAACCUCACUAAUCAGUCAGCUGAAACAUGCUAUGCUUGUAAUCAAAUGUGUUUUUUUUUUGUUUUGUUUUUUUUUACUUUAAACUUCUGUCCUGUUUUCAGUACUAUUUUAAGUUUAUUAUUGCCAAUUGUUAACUUCUUGACAUGAUUUCAACUGUACCUUUUAGCUCAAAGAGCAAAACAUUUUCAGUGGUGCUUACAAAUCAAGCCUUUUUUGGGAGGGCCUUAUAGUUUCUUGGUCUUUACCUCUUUUUUUUUUUUUUCAGUUCCAAAUUGUUCUCUUAAUUUGACAAAUUCUGUUGGUUUCUAUUAAUAAGAGCAGUUUAAUCAAAACCUCACUGGUGGAGUGAAGAAGUAGAUCUAAUCUGCAUCUUUAAAUAUUUAACUUUAAUGUUUGACUGUGAUGUCUCUGUCUAUAUGCUGUCCUGAACUCUUAAUGAUAAAUACAUUAAAUGGCUCUUAAACUUACCUUGCUGAUAAUGUAAGAAUGUAUCCAAUUGUUUUUAACUCAAGUGUUGAAUUAAAAGCAUUGUUUAAGCUCUC